AUAAUGUUGUUUUUGAUAAAGUGUUUAAUGAAGGAAAGUGAAGAAGGAAGUGAUUCUAAGAUUGCAGUGAAAGUAGAACGGAAGGAAGAUGCUAAUAAUGAUGAUGAAGACUUUGAUCCAAGCCAAUAUUACAGUCAAAAUGGUAAAAGAGAGCUGGACAGUGAUAGCGAUACGAAGGAUGAGAUAAAUUAUGAUGUUGGUUGUGAGAACUGUGGGGUUAGUUUCAGCAACCGGCGGAAGAUGAUUGCUCAUCUAAUAGACUGUAAUCCCGAGCAGAUUGAAGAACUAAGUGAAGAGGAGGAGGAUAGUGAAGAUGAUUAUAGUGAUAGUGAUAGUGACGAUGAACCUAGAACAAAGCGUAGGAUGAAUAUGGAAUCCUGUGAUAACUGCCUUAGAGAAUUUAAACAAAGGAGCAACCUGAUUCGCCACCUUGAAGAGUGUAACCCUGACCAGCUCAUGGAAUUACCAAAGCUGAAGAAAAGAAAAGUUAGCUCCACAGGAGGAGCUGGUCCUUAUACCUGUCGAGUUUGUCAUCGACAAUUCAUCUUUAAAAAGAGUUUACACAAGCAUGAGGAGCUCCAUAGUGAUGAUCCCGAGCAUGCCUCUCUUCUCAAGAGUAAAAGUUCAAAACGAAAAAAGUCCGCCUCCAAGAAUGCGCAUGGCCAAUAUCAAUGUGAUCGUUGUGAAUGUGAUUUUAAAGUUUUCUCUGCAUUGGACCGGCACAUGGAGGCUCACGACCUGGCAGCUAAGAGUGCCCCGAACCAGGCGGAUAUAGAGGAGGGCUCAGGUUUUAAAAUGAUUGAUAUAAGAGAUGGAAAGAUUAUGCGUUGUAAAAGAUGUGAUUUGGCGUUCAAGAGCCACGGUGUGUACAGGAUGCAUAUGCAGAAGUUCCAUAAAAAGAUGUUUCAUUGUGAAGAGUGUUCGAAGAAGUUCACGCUUCCAAAUACCUUGAUUAAACACAGAUUAAAUUAUCAUACAAACUUCCCUAAGUCUUGUGCUGAUUGUGGAAUUGUAUUACCAACUAAACAUCAGUUUGUUAGACACGUGAACACUCAACAUGGAACGGCAUUUCAGGAAAGUAAUGUGCCUUGUGAGAUAUGUGGAAAGUUAGUCAAAAAUAAAUAUACCUUGAAACAGCAUGUGAAGUUAGUUCAUGAAAAGAAAAAAGGAGAGUUUGCUUGUGAUCAAUGUGGAAAAGUAUUAAAGUCUAAAGGAAGUUUAGAUUAUCAUAAGAGAACCCAUACUGGGGAGUUUGCCUAUAGGUAA